CAUGCGCGAAGGGUAUGAGAGAGCACAUGUGUGAUUUAAUUUAUUUUUAUAAUUUAUGAUUUAAAACACAAACGCUUGACUUUUGUUUAUUUUAAGUAUAUAUUUAUAAUUUUGAAUUAGUUGGGAUGCAUAAUCCAGCGUUAUAUUAUGCCCCAACAAUUGUCAACAUAUUACUUUGUUUAAACUUGUCAUCCAACUGAUGACGUCAAGUGAUGUUUAUUAGUUGGGUUAUUAUUAUUUAAUUUAUUAUCCGAUACGAAAGAUAUAGAUAAACCGUUCAUAUAUUUAAUUAAUUAAUUUUGUAUCAUUCAGUUGUCUGAGGAUUUAUGUUUUAUAUCUUAUAUUUUUAAUUUAAGUGAGGCCCAGGGCUGACAAAAGUAAUUAAAAUAAAACUUAAGGGCGACGGUGGUGACAUGUGUGCGACGACCAACAGGUGGAGGUUUAGAUCAUUAAGUUAGAAAGAUACGGAUAAGCAUUGUGUACGGACGUGAUUUUUUUUGUCGCUAAGCAAUAAAGUUUUUUUUGAAAAUAAGUAAAGUUCACCGGGUGAAUUAAUUCGAAUAAUAGAUAUUGUUAUUCCAUUAUUAUAAUAUUUAUUAUUAUUUUGCUGAUUCUUGUGGCUUUUGACAAUGUCGUCAAGUAAGAAGAAGAUGAUGGCUUACGCCAAGACUUAUCAUGAACAGAACGGCCUGGACAUGAUCCCACGUGGUUCUGCUACUUGGAAGGCCUAUCUUACGCUCCUGGUUAAGAUGAAGGUCAAAGCGAUCCAGGCGAAAUCGAUGCGCCGAGUUAAUUUACCGAGGGGAUGUGCAAGAUGUGGCCAGGAGGGUCACUCUGCAAGGCUCUGCAUCAAUCAGCAGUUGGAAGACCGACCCUUUUGCGAGGAGUGUCUCCAUUUUUAUACGAACAAUGCCCGGGACCACACGGGCGGCUUAACCUGGUCGCUCGGAACCGCUGUAUGGUGUGUGCCAAGGUGAUGAGAGAGGAACGAUGCCCGGGUGAACACGGUAAUCUGGGUGACCAAUUAAGCCAACUUGAUUGGAUAGGUUGGCUGACAGACGAUGAGCGCAUGCGCCAGGUCUACUCGCUGGAUCGGGUGGGUCCUAGUGACCCCAAGUCCGAAAAAUUGGAGGCCAUCUAACUUUCACGCGGGUGUUUCCAUAUUACAUUUCGGUAUCUAUUUAUAUCUUACCAUUACUUUGUAAUUUUUUGUAUAACGUUGCUGUAAGACGCCAUAUCUAUUGGUCUAAAUAUACGUUAAAACGGCGCAACCAACUAAGUACCGAGUGCUUUAUUUGUAGCAGAGUUUGACACUCUUACCUUUACCUUUCACCCAUGGUCCGAGCAAGUUGGUAAGUGACAGGUUGGUCAGGCAUUCGUUUUUUUUUUUGGUAAAAUUGUUUCUUUUGAUUUUGAUUAUUUUAUUUUUAUACCCGGUACAAAAGAUCCAGGUAUAAGUAUUGGAUUUAAGGUUUUCAGGUGAUUGUGCCGGCGAAAUGGAAUGCAGAGUCUCGCCCGCAUUUUUCGGGGCAAAACACGGCCUGGUGGGGAGGUGUCACGUAACGAUUCAAAUUAUUUGAUUUUAUUUCGUUUUAAGUUAAUUAUUGUAAUUAUAUAUUUGAAUUUGAAUCGUUGCGCGGGCAUUCCGCCAUUUCGCCGAUGGAACGGCAGUCCAUGCACGGUGCUCGCGCAUGCGCGAAGGGUAUGAGAGAGCACAUGUGUGAUUUAAUUUAUUUUUAUAAUUUAUGAUUUAAAACACAAACGCUUGACUUUUGUUUAUUUUAAGUAUAUAUUUAUAAUUUUGAAUUAGUUGGGAUGCAUAAUCCAGCGUUAUAUUAUGCCCCAACAAUUGUCAACAUAUUACUUUGUUUAAACUUGUCAUCCAACUGAUGACGUCAAGUGAUGUUUAUUAGUUGGGUUAUUAUUAUUUAAUUUAUUAUCCGAUACGAAAGAUAUAGAUAAACCGUUCAUAUAUUUAAUUAAUUAAUUUUGUAUCAUUCAGUUGUCUGAGGAUUUAUGUUUUAUAUCUUAUAUUUUUAAUUUAAGUGAGGCCCAGGGCUGACAAAAGUAAUUAAAAUAAAACUUAAGGGCGACGGUGGUGACAUGUGUGCGACGACCAACAGGUGGAGGUUUAGAUCAUUAAGUUAGAAAGAUACGGAUAAGCAUUGUGUACGGACGUCAUUUUUUUUGUCGCUAAGCAAUAAAGUUUUUUUUGAAAAUAAGUAAAGUUCACCGGGUGAAUUAAUUCGAAUAAUAGAUAUUGUUAUUCCAUUAUUAUAAUAUUUAUUAUUAUUUUGCUGAUUCUUGUGGCUUUUGAAAACGAAAACCCCAAAGGUGACCAUAUGAGAUGGCGACUUGCUCAAAUUCAUUUCCGGCGUUGCCGAUAGCAUUAAUAAUAACUUCCAUUUCAAUAACAACCAUUAAAACAAGCAGUGAUCUAUGUCCCGUGAUCUGUAAAUGUGAAGAUGAAUUCCUACGUGCAUCAUGUGUUUAUGCAAGUUUAGAAGUUGUACCAAUUCAGUUAAAUCCUGAAAUCCAUCAUUUGGAUCUAUCCACUAAUCGAAUUGCAACUCUCAACUUGGGAUUUGGUUUUUAUGACAAUCUGGAAAGUCUGGAUCUGUCUUACAAUACUUUACAUACUUUGGGAUCAAAUAAUUUUUUACUGCAAACACACUUGGUGAUGUUAAAUAUUAGCAACAAUAAUAUAAGAACUGUUGGUAGAAAUUCCCUAAAAGGGCUAGAUUCGUUAAAAGUUCUCGAUCUCAAUAAUAAUAAUAUCACAGAAGCAGAUUCUGCGGCAUUCCGUCACACGAGUGAAUUAGAAGAUCUGAAUCUUAGCGGCAAUUCACUGACGAGUUUGCCUAAUGAUCUCUUCAGAAAUUUACACAGAAUACGUAUUCUCAAAUUAAGUCGAAACUCACUUCUUGAAGUGCCAAAAUCGAAUCUUCAUUUAGUACCUAGCCUGGAGGAUUUAGAACUAUCAGAGAAUUUGAUUCAAGAAAUUUCACAUGAUUCCUUGCCAACACUACGUUCACUCGUGUCACUUAACCUAGCUAACAAUGUAAUACGAAUUAUUAAGGACGAAGCAUUUCAACGUUUGCCAGCACUUCUAUAUCUCAAUUUACAAGGAAAUAAUCUUACUUAUGUACCAACACCCGCUUUAUCACAUUUAAGUCUUUUGUCAUAUUUGAUUCUAUCACGUAAUCCACUUGAAAAGUUAGACAACUUAGCAUUCCGCAAUCUAUUUGAAUUGAAAACCAUAGAUUUACGUGAAUGUACAAUUGCGCAUGUUAAAUCCCGUGCAUUUGCUGAUAAUGUCAAUCUUGAGAAAAUUUUUCUUGACAAAAAUCGUGAUCUCCGACGUCUGCCACCUCGAAUUUUACAUUCAGCAAGAUAUUUAACAACUAUCUCACUACGUCAUUGCAAUCUUUCUAACCUUGAAGCAACACACUUUCCAGUUCAUGGCUUAAAUCUUUUACAAAUAGGUGGCAAUCCGUUGAUCUGCAAUUGUUCACUACAUUGGCUCUGGAAUGUCAUUCAUGACAUAGAGGAGCGUAAUGCAUCAACUCUGUUCAUAGAUCGUGGUGAAAUUAUUUGUGCGGACGAGAAAUUCAAUGGUAAAUUAUUGAUGACUUUAUCGGAAAGUUCAUUGCAUUGUCGAUUAAGUCCUUUAUAUUUAUCAUUGUCUGCCGCAGGAUGUUUAAUAGUUACUGCAAUUAUUAUUAUAAUUAUUGGCUAUAUAACACAUGCCAAACGCCGUAAAAGACUAUUUGAUAGACUCAGUCGUCCGGAGAUAUUGAUAUACGUUGAACCAACUGAAGAUGUGACUAAAUGUAUUCCCAUGUAUCCAUCACUGCGUAUUGAUCAAAAUCGUGUGCCAAUUUUAUCAAGUGGUAGUCUUCAUAAGUUUGAUGGAAAUCAAAAGAGAUAUGAUAACACAUCCUAUAAUGCUCCACAUUAUGAUAAGCAUAUGGAUCAUAAUAUCACUAAUUUUACAGUUGAAGAUUUUCCUAAUAGAUCAAUGGACAAUUCAAGUUUUUAUGGGAAAUGUAAUAAAGAAAAUGUUUAUGGAGUGACUGACGUUACCAAUAUACAAAAAGAGCCCGAUGUAUAUGAUAAUAGUAUUUACCGAAUGGAAAAUUCAAACAAUCGAAUUUCUCAAGCCAGGUGUCAUAAAGAUAGUAAUAUAAGUGAUUAUGAUUGCGUUAAUGAUUAUGAAUUUUAUUCACCAUCUAAUGCGAGAUUAGCUAAAAAACCUCAUGUUGUAUUUGUCUAAGUAUAUAUAAUAUAAUAAAAAAUAAAGUUCAAGUAUUUAGAUCUGAUCAGAACUGAACCUCAAAUGAGGUUGUAUGAUUAGAUCAGACCGAAUAAAUUUCCAAUUAAGGUAGGACGAAACUACAUUUAAUUAGGUUUAUUCAUAUUUACCCGAGUAAAAAAGAGUUUAUAUAAUUACAUACAAUUGUAUAUAGUUAUAUAGAAUUUUAUACAAUUAUAGUAUCGUUUUCAAUAGAAAACUGGCCAACUCCAUUUUUGUAAAUUAUACAGGAUAGCUAAAUAUCAGGAAAAGACAGUGAUUUUUUCAACUUAGAAAAAAUUUUUUUAUUUCAAAUUUGUUAAGUAUUGGUUCUCUUUUGAAUUGUUUGUUGUUAGGUAGUUUUCUUUCAGCAAUUAUUAUUAUUCAAAAAUUAAAAAAAAAAUGGAAACCAAGCUUAACAACGUGUAUUACGUCGAUUGCUAACAGGAAAUGCAAACGACUCUUUUUUUAAAAAAUGGGGAGUUAGGCAGUUUCCUACAAAAAAAUGACGAUGCACAAUAAAGUGCGUCAUUUCAGAGCAACGUUUUUUUUACGUACUUAUUGAAAAAAUCAUAGUUGAUUACAAAAAAAAAGUUUCCCACAAGAAAGAAAAUUCUGAGUUCAUCGAAAAAUUCGAUUUACCAUAUACUUAAAACCGAGAAAUUUUUUUUUUCUCUAUAAUAUUGAUAAUUAUUCGAUACAUCAAAAAUGUUUAAGAGUAUAAGAUGACUCAUACCCCUUAUUAAAAGAAAAGAUUGAAAAUGACUAGAAAAAAAAAUUUUAAAUACUUUUUAAUGCUUUUGAAUACUGUGAAUAUUUUGAAUUGUCCUUUUUAUGGGCAUUUAGCAUUGCAAAUCAUUUCAAAUCGAUUCUUUUAAUCAGGGACAAGCUUAUAGUGCAUAAAUGUCUUUUCAAAGAAGCCUAUUGCAUUGACUCGGUACUGACAGUAGCUCAAGAGUUUUAAAAGUUGAGAGUAAAUUUUCCAUUAAUACUUGCAUAUUAUCAUUUAUAAGUCAUAUACAACAACAUGUAAAAACUCAACUUUGUUACAUUUCAAAUUUCUUUGCAACAAAUGAAUUGAUUAAUGAAAAAAUAUUAUUAGUUCUAGAACUAAUGCAAUAAAGUACAUGGAUCGACGCAAGCAAAACCAUACCUCAAUUGGUUAAUUUGUUCGAGAUGUUAUGUCCACCGCUGUAAUUAAAAUUUAUUAUCUGAGAUUUCUCCAUUUGGUAGCGAUAGGAAAAUUUUGACGAGUCAUUUGGAGGAUGCGAACAACUAUAAAGAAUACGAGAAAAGAUAUCAAAAUUUUCUCUCACUUAUUUUUGGAUUAUUCUUUCUUCUAACACGGUAGGUGUUUAUCCCUCCAGACCUUUGCAGCGCACUCGAUCUUCUCCUGAAGGAUUUGGUUAAAUGUGCGCGGCGAGAGUUGUAGGAUAAAAUCUUAUGUCCUACUUUCGAAUAAAAUUUGCAAGGCUGAAGUUAUGAUCUCUAGUCUUUUAAUUAAACGUUUCAAUUACAAUAAUUUUGAUUGAACUUCACUUAUAAACUAUAAUUUUUCACAAUUUUUAAGAAUACAAUUUUAUUGUAUUAUGCGUCUUUGUUGGGCUCGAAGGCUUAUGUGCAUAGAACUGAAUAGACUCGAGAUUAGAUUACAAAUUAUAUUAAUUUUAAAUCAUUAUUCAAUCGAGCCGAAGUUUUAACCGAUGUUUGAAAAUUUUUAAUACAUAGCUCAGAUUUAGUUAUUGACUUUUCAACGCAAACGUGAAUUCUUGCAGUAAGAUUAAUAGAUUUUUAGAAAGAUUAUAUUUAAUUCCUUAUUGAUUUUUCGACGCAAACACGGAUUCCUGCAAUAACCCAACUAAAUUUUUUUCCAAUACAUAUAUUGGGUCCCAAUCAGGAAUUGCUGAUAAUUCCGUCACCUACAACUAAGGCGUACACGUUAGUCACACCAAUAUGUUUUCUGUACGAGUGUGUAUGUGUGUGUUAAUUUUUUAUGAUUAACUUAUAUCAAAAAUUGCUAAAAUAAAUAUUAAAAAGCAGUGGAAAUAAGUCAAGAUUCGUGUACGUCAAUAUGUAAAUAAUUUUAUGAUAAAUAACUAAUAUAUACAUAAAAAAAUGAAAUCAAUGAGAAAAAUGAAUACAAGAAGUGAAUUUCGACUAUGGGCAAUAAAAACGAAUAUUGCACAUUGUCAUUCAGACGAAUUAUUACAAAUUUUACAAUCUGAAGUACUUCCUGAGUUACCAAUAUCAGCAAAAACUUUUCUAAACAAGUGCAGUAUAUCUUUUGAAAUUUUACAGGCUGUAGGAGUAACUUAAGUAACUCAAAAGACUGCGAAGAAGGAAGUCAAAAAAAAAAUAAUAAUUAAAAAGAACAAAUAAUAGAUAUUAUUUCAAUUAUAGUUAAUUUUUAAGUACAAUUUAAUGAUUGUAUUUAAAGUAUGUUACCGACUUUAUA